GAUCAUCUUGCUCAGUUACAAUUUUUGUUAAAUAAUAACUGAGUUGUUUUUUGCGUUUUUAGUUAUUAAAGAAAAAAAACGAAACAAAAUGGCUAAUGCUAUCGAAAACGUUGAAAAAGAAACGGAAAAAGUCUUACAUAAAUUCAAAAGUCUUAAAGAUCAUGGCGAAAAAAAUCUUUCCGAAUUAAUACAACAGAUUGAAAGCUAUCAACGAGAUUUGAGCAUAUUGACUUCUCCUGAUUGUCCAUUGACUGAUAUUCAAUGUCAAUUGUUGCUUGAUAAUGUGAUUAAAAAAACUCGCAAUAUUAUAAGUCAAUUCUCGACCGAACAUCGAGAUAUACAUUCUUCCGUAUCACGGAUUGGCAAGGCAAUCGAUAAAAAUUUUAUUUCUGACUAUGUUUGCGUGGGCAAUGAGUUUCUUUUCGAACAAGGCAAAAAUAAUGAAAUUCUUAACAAAGUUAUUGUCGAACAUUUUUUGCGACAAGGACGAUCGGAUAUUGCUGAAAAAUUGAUUCAGGAAUCUAAGCUUGAUAUCGAUACGAAUGAUAAAAUUCCUUACAUUAAAAUGAACAAAAUACUCGAUGCAUUGAAAAAUCACAAUUUACAACCAGCUUUGAAAUGGGCUCAAACCCAUCGUGACCAACUGCUAAAAAGCAAUAGCGAUUUUGAAUUCAAGCUUCAUCGGUUGCAAUUCAUUGAAUUAUUGCGAGGUGGAAUCGAAAACCAAUGGAAAUUGAUCACUUAUUCACGCACACAUUUUACACCGUUCGCUCAGAGAUACCAGGCAGAGAUAAAAGCUCUGAUGGGUUCAUUAAUGUUUCUGCGAUCGGGCAUUGAAAAAUCUCCAUAUCAAUAUCUGUUGGAUUCAAACAAUUGGGUUGAAAUAUGUCAAAUGUUUACUAAAGAAGCAUGCUCUCUCCUGGAAGUAUCAGUUGAUUCUCCAUUAUCUGUCACAUUUAAUGCUGGAUGUAUUGCAUUACCCGCAUUGAUCAAUAUCAAACAGGCUAUCCAACAAAGAAACGUGAAUGAUGUUUGGAGUUCUCGCGAUGAAUUGCCUAUCGAAAUCGAUGUAACUCGUAAAUGUCAUUAUCAUUCAAUAUUUGCAUGCCCCAUACUUCGACAACAAAGUUGUGAUUCAAAUCCUCCGAUGCGACUACAAUGUGGUCAUGUUAUAUCCCGUGAUGCAUUGAACAAGCUAUCCAAUGGAUCUAAGCUUAAAUGCCCAUAUUGUCCAGCCGAACAAAAUCCGGCUGAUGCUCGUCUCAUUUAUUUCUAGUUCAAUUUAAAUAUAUGCACACAAAUCGAUGUAACUGCUUCAUUGAUGUAAAUACUAAAUUCUAAUUCUAAUCACUGAAAAUGAUGAUCAUCUUUUCAU